UUAGCAUUUUCUUUCCUAUCGCUGUUUUCCCGUAUGCAACUGUCUUGCUCGGUGGCAACCCUGCCUAUCGCACUUCUUUUCCUUUUCUUACUCCUCUACUUCUUUCAAUUCCUUUUCGUCUCCAGCACAUAAUUCUAUUGUGAAUGUUAACAUAAAAAUUAUUACUCUGCGAACAUUCGAGACAGAAGCACGCCGUCUAAAUUGUGUCUUUUACAAUCCUAAAAUAAAAAAAAUAAAACCUUUUGCGUUUAAAGCUUCAGGUGUGGGUGCAAGUACCCAUUUAGUUAAAUAAAGUUAAAUAAAGGUAAUAAAAUCGAAUAUGCCACAAAGGCUAACAAAGCAAUUUCUAGUCGACGCUCUAAUGGCGGCUAGUGUUGGUUUUCCCGCGACGGCUACGGUGGCGCAAUUAAAGCGUUUAUACGCCGCACACUGCACAAAUGAGGCGCUCAAUGAGGUGGACGACGACAACAUAUCCGACUUGGAUAAGGGAGCAGCUCCAGACAACGGUGCCAUCAUAAUCGACGCCACGCGGUAUGAUCAGGUACGAGAUGCUCAAAAUACGGUUACCGAAAAUACCGUUGGCGAAUGCCGUGACGCCGGCGCUAGCGCCCCUGCCGCUAACCUAAAUAACGUUGCUGAAAAUACCGUUCGUGAACCUAUAACCCCCGCCGCUGACGAUAUUACUGCCAAUGCCGAUAUUACCGCCAAUGCCGAAAAUGCUGCCUCCGUAAACCUUGCCGUCUCCAAUAGCUACACCAGCGACAAAACUUCCGCUGGCGCUGACAACACGGCAUCCAGCCCUACGAAUGCCGGUGACGACUACACCGCUGAUAAUUUGGACCAGCAGAUUACGGAAUUAAGGAAGAAGCGCGAAAUAUUGGAGCUGCAACGUCAAAUAAAUGAGCUGAAAACUACGAUUGCCAAACCAAGUGCUUGUAGAGCUUCAUUCGCAGACAUUGAGCACGCAGUUCCAAAAUUUAGUGGUGAUAGUACCGCACAAUCAGUUCAACACUUCUUCGACGAUUUCGAGGAAAUAAUGCGUACGGUUAAUGCGGACGAUCAAUUUAAAUUGUUAAGCUUACGUCGCUCAUUACAUGGAACAGCGAGAGUGUUUUUAACGACGACAUCUGCACUCAACUAUCAUGAUUUGAGGAAGGCAGUUAUAGAUGAGUUCGACAGUGCAGUUACUCGCCACGACGUCUACAGAAUGUUGAGCGAAAGGAAGUGGAAGCCCCAAGAAGAAUCACUGCACUGUUACAUAUUGACUAUGCAGGCUCUGGCGAAACGUGGAUGUGUCCAGGAAACUGACGUCAUCGACUUGAUCUUUGAUGGGAUCGGGAAUAAAAUCAACAAUAUAAAUUUGCUUAUGCCAGCACAAUCACUGGACGAGCUGAAGAGGCUAGUGAAUCGCUACUAUUCCAAAUACCUCAAGCCAAAUUUUGGUACUGUUCGACGUAUGAUGCCUGCCGCUGCCGCAAAGCAACCUGCCGUUCCCGUCAAAUCGUCAGCCUCUGAUAAGCUUACUGCCGAGUCUGGAGGAAACAGCCAGCCACUAUGCUUUAACUGCUCCAAGAGGGGCCACAUAAAGCCAAACUGCCCGUAUCCGAUGCGUCCGAAUGGGUCCUGCUUCCCGUGCUGGAAGAUGGGUCACGACCAUCAUUCAUGCACCAAUCCACGGAAAAUUUUGAAGCCGAUUGCCGACCAACCAGUUGCUGCCGUUUACGAAAACGACCUCACCGAGCUGGAAUCGUUCAAUUUUUCCAACUAGCUUUAUGAAGCAAUCGUGUGUGCCAAAUAAUUGCCAAAUUUUACGAGAGCCACAACAUACUUACCGCAGCAUUGGUGGAUUAAAACUAAAAAUAUUGGGUCAAGUCCUUUGUUCUGUGAAAUUUAAAAAUGAAGUAAAAAAUAUCAAAAUAAAUAUAUUGCCAGAAAAU